AUGCCCGGCGUCUUUCGACCUGAUCGGCAACGUAGAUGGCACCAAAAAACAUUCAGCGGAUGCGUCAAAUGCAAACAGCGGCGUGUCAAAUGUGACGAAGCUCGCCCUCACUGUCGAAAAUGUGGCAAUUUAGGUAUACAGUGCCCUGGGUACAAAUUACCUUUGACCCGCUUAUUCGAGCCUAAGCUGUUGAAGCAUCCCGAAUGUAGCAGGGAGGAGAGGAUUGACUAUGACUUCUUCGUACAGACCGGCUCCAGAAUCGUGGCGGCUUCUCAAAGUACCUCCCUCCCAUUCUGGACGGAAUGGGCUCCUCGAUUGGCCGAAAGUGAUCCAGCUGUUAAGCACGUGCUAAUCACCCUCGGCUCUCUUGUUCGACUUCUGAAGGACGAGCUAAGCAAUGAAACGGUCAACAAGCGAUGCACCCUGGAAUCCCCUCCCUCAGCCAUCAGGAAUGCGACGCUAGCGAUGCAGCACAUGAGCAGCGCUCAGGGCCGAGCGACAGCAGCCGAAACGUCAGUUGUAUACUGUAUUUUGCUCAGGGAACUUGCAAUCUGGACAGGAAGACAGACAUCUUCGCACGAAUAUGUUCUCGACGCCUACAAUUUCCUCCACACCAAGAACGCUCCUGGUAUCGAUAAGACGAGCAAGGCAACGAUAUUGGCUUGCAUGAUCGACCAACUUCUCGCUCACGCGGCGACUUGUACCGAUGACUUCCCCCCCGUCAAUUCCGGGUUGCUUUCCAACUAUCAAUUGGUCAAUGGACUUGAAAGGGUUUCGGCUAUCUCAACCUGGAAUGAUGCCUUUGACGGGAUAUCCUCACUUUUGCAAGCCGUAUUUCGAGCCACCUGUCCCUAUAUCCUUUCGACAGACACCGAACUAGGGUACAUCCUGUGCACGCUCAAGCUUUUCGACGACAAAUUGCAGAGUCUGCGUGCACAAAGCGGACUUGCAUGCGAUUUCUUGCAUCUCCAAGUCCAUCAUAGCGUAGCGCAAAUCAUGUUUAACACACUCAGCCAGAGGGAUGAGUGGAUCUACGACAACUACCAAUCCGAGUUCUGGUCCAUUCUUGAACACAUCAAGAGGCUUCUUGCAGCGAAAUGUAUCAUGCGCAGCAACUCAGAGACUUCACUUCAGCCAUCAUUGGGCCUGAUCCCACCAUUAUUCCUCAUCGCCACGAAAUGUCGACACUUGCAUGUGCGUCAGCAAGCUGCCCACAUACUCCAUGACCUGCGCCGUGCUGAGCGAGUCUGGACAAGUUGUAUGGCUACGACCAUUGCCAGAUUUGUGAUUGAAGAAGAGAAACCAGUCUCGCUGGUCUCCAACAACGCUGAUGUGACAUCUGGCGGCCCCCAACCCCACAGACGGAUACGUCUCGAUGAAGUUGUGUAUUCGAACGAAGAGUGCAGAAUCGUUCUAGCGUACACAGCCUUCAGUGAAUACGGCGCGGAAGGAGAGCAUUGCACUGCUAGUCUUCCCUUUGCUCCACACCCUUCGAUGAAGAGCAACGAUGAGACUUGUUCCAUAUCGAGGAAGGUUCUCAGACACUGUGGCUAUUCUGGGAUCCUACUGCUCACACCGCGGAUUGAAUGUCACUGCUUAGGAUGUGAAUAA